AUGCAAAUAAUAUCUGUCUUGGCCGCCGCCGUCUUCACGCUAUUACCAAAUCUUGUCGCGGCGCAGAAAUCGACCGUCAAAGUCGUUCGGCUCAGCGUGGAUGGACGUUACGACCAGCCCUUGGAUCUUGAGAGCCGCCGUCCAACUCUUAGCUGGCAGACUGUUCAAACAACCCAAUGCACCGAAGUUGUCUGCCCAGGCGACCGACAGACUGCGUACGAAGUUCAAGUCGCCACAUCCGAACAUGAUCUGAGUACGGACCAGCUACGAUGGGGCUCUGGGAAGCAGAGUGGCUCAAGUCAGUUGGUGCAUAUGGACUGUGAGCUUGGUUCGCGUGAUACACUCUUCUGGCGUGUGCGUGUCUGGGACGCCCUCGGUCAACCUUCAGCCUGGUCGGAGGCUUCAUCUUGGUCCGUAGGGCUGCUCAACAAGUCAGACUGGGGUGGAGCUCGUUGGAUUGAGUAUCCUGACCGUGACCCAAGCCAACCCCUCCCGCUAUUCACCCGCCGCUUCGAUGUACCCAGCGGCAAAGGCAUUGUCGGCGCUCGUCUAUAUCUAUCAGGGGUGGGGAUGCAUCUUGCCUCUGUGAAUGGCAAGGCCGUCACCAACGAAGUGCUAGCACCAGGCUACUCGAACUAUCAACUUUCCAGCGAAUAUCGCACAUACGAUAUCAGACCACUGCUCCAAACCGGCGCGAACGCUAUUGGGGUAAAACUGGGCAAUGGACCAGCCUACGUUCGUCGGAACAUCACGAAUGCAGCUGUUGGUCGGAAUGCGCCCUACGCCUGGUGGCAGAGCCAGCUUAAGGGCGACGGAAUCCUGCUCGAUGCUACUACGAUAGGAAGCACCAGUGUGCGCUUGAACAACGCAACUGGAUAUCAUGUGCAAGGCAGUAUCAAUAUCGACGCGGGUGGAGGCGGUGACAGGCUUGAGUCGCGUGUCAUAACCGCCAUCAAUACUACUCAACAGACUAUCAGCUUUUCGCCGCCUCUAGAGCUUGAACAUGCUGUGGGUGCAAGAGUCACCGGUUCGGGCAACAAUGUUGCAGCUAGUGAUCCGUCUGCUGGCGCCGCAGUAACUCCGCGCCUUAUAGGUCGUCUUGAGAUCACUUAUGAUGAUGGCAGCGAAGACCUCAUCGUGACCGAUAGGUCCUGGCGUACUACGCUCGGUCCAUUGGUUACCGACGCUUGGUACUCUGGCUCCGAUUUCGACGCUCGCAAGAUAAUAGAUGACUGGGAUCGUCCCGGGUCUCAGCAAAACUCGUCUCAAUGGAUCUCAGCUGGCAUCGCACCUCCACCCAACCUGGCAACAAGACUCGUCGCUCGUGCAGCCGAACCAGUCAGGGUCAUGGAAUAUCUCGAGCCUGUAUCGAUAUCAAACCCUUUCAACGGAACUUGGGUUUUUGAUCUUGGCCAAAACAUCGCGGGUUUUCCUGUACUUAGGCUUCCGCAAAUGCCAGCAGGCAUCAUCAUCAGAAUGGUGGCUGCUGAGUCUCUCAAUGCGAAUGGCACUAUCAACCAGGAGUCCUUGGGUAUCGGAAACCGAGGCACUGACGUCUUCAACACCUACACCACUUCUGGUCGUGCUGGAGGCGAAACCUGGCACCCAGACUUCAAUUACUUCGCUAUGCAAUGGGUGCAAGUGACCGGCCUGCCUGACGGAUUUCGUCCAAGUGCCGAACUCAUAACAGGCGCCCGUGUGCAAGCUGAUGUACCAGUUGCUGGCACUUUCCGUUCGUCCAGCUCGCUUCUCGAUCGGCUCCACAAUAUGUCGCGUUACUCCAUCGCGAGCAAUGUCAUAUCAGUAUUCACUGAUUGUCCCGGUCGGGAGAAGCUCUCGUACCCAGCCGAUUACACCAUGCCCAUGGGUGCUAUUUAUCGGAAUGUUCACAUCAACGCCUUCCUGCGUACAAACAUGCGACAUCUGGUAGAAGCGCAGUCUAUCGCAAACACCUCCAUGGCAGGUAAUGUGGCCUUGAAAGCACCUGUAUAUGACUGGGGCUACUCUGGACGAUUUGGAGACGAGAUCAAUUGGGGUAAUGCCAUCGUGCUCGUACCUUCCUACUUGUACGAUCUAUAUGGCGAUACAACAGUCAUGAACAUGUACUACAAGCAGAUGACCGACUUUGUACGAUAUUUGCAGCGCGAAAAGGUGCGGAAUAACAUUGUCGAUGCUGCGCUUGCCGAUUGGGUUGAAGACGACUCAAGGACGUCAGGUCGCAUCACUGGUACCUGGGGGUACUACCUAACGAUCAACGCCAUGGCACGCAUGGCCAAUCUUACUGGGCAUGUAGAUGAUGCUGUACAGUAUGAGCGUCUGGCCUUGGAGAUUCGAGACGCUUUCAACGCUGCCUUCUACAACACUGCCACCGGUCGUUACACCAGCCUUGGAAACAACUCUACUGUGAACGCUACGCAGGCUGCGCAAGCUCUCGCUUUAGAUGCUGGUCUUGUACCUGAAGAACAUCGACAGCAAGUUCUAGACGCGCUGGUUGAACUCACAUAUGAAUAUCCUUCGCAGGAUGGACUUGGACCACAUCUGAGCGGUGGAACGAUUGGUAUGGGGCCAAUAGUAAGGGCCCUCUCCGCCGGAGGCCGCGAUGACAUACUAUGGGAAACGCUGCAGCAAACCGAUCAGCCUAGCUACGGCUACUUCUUGGCAUCUACCACGGAGAAUCCACAAGGUCUCUCGACCAUGCCUGAGCGUUGGACACGUGAGGAUUCCAAGAACCAUAUGAUCCUUGCUCAGAUUGAAGAAUGGCUCCACGCUGGUAUCGCUGGAAUACAACCCGGUGCUCUUACGACGGUCAGCAAGUCAUGGGGCGAGGGACUUGUUUUCCAGCCAAAGCUCGUUGGCGAUGUUCAGUGGGCAGAAGGUACCUACCAGACUAUCUGGGGAGAGGCACGGAGUGCUUGGAAUAGGACGACUGAUGGAGCUUUUACUCUGACGGUCACAGUGCCUGCAAAUGUGGUGGCGGAGCACCACGAACCAAUGCGCCUUCUGCAUCACGAUCAUGAUGGGGAGCUCGUUCUCACUGCGUUCGACGACUACGAGCAGCCAGCCUAUACUAUACUUUCACACACUUGGGGAGACGACGAAGAAGAGGUGUCUUUCGCAGAUCUCAUGAAUGGGAAUGGCAAGGACAAACUUGGAUACAAUAAGAUUCAUCUCUGUGGAGAACAAACACGACGGGAUGGAUUACGAUAUUUCUGGGUCGAUACUUGCUGUAUCGACAAGUCGAACAAGGCCGAGAUCUCCUCAGCUAUUCGGUCCAUGUUUCGCUGGUAUCAAGACGCGGCGAAGUGUUACGUAUACCUCUCAGACGUAUCAACGAAGGAGAAGAAACUUGAUGGCAUGCUUGGUGAAACUGAUUGGGAGCGUUCGCUGAGGUCAAGUCGAUGGUUCACGCGUGGCUGGACCCUGCAGGAGCUCCUGGCCCCGAGUGUGGUUGAGCUAUUCUCUCAGGAAUGGGAAAGAAUUGGAGAUAAGACGUCACUCGGACCGCUGAUCAGCAGGACAACGGGUAUACCACAGGACGUACUCCAGGAGGGUACUCUUUCGCAGUUCGACAUUAGCGAGCGCUUGCGUUGGAGAGGUGACCGGAAAACUAAGUUGAAAGAGGAUAUGGCGUACUCGCUGUCAGGCAUUUGUGAUGUCGAUAUCGCGCCUUUGUAUGGGGAAGGAGAAGAGGAAGCAUUUAGGCGACUUAAUAAAGAGAUCCAGAAGUUGAGGAACUGUUUGCGUGACUUGCGCCACGGCGAUCCCAGAGACGACAAAAAGCGAAUCGAGGAGACCAAGGGCGGGUUGUUGGUAGACUCAUACCGCUGGGUGCUCAACAACGAUACUUAUCAGCAAUGGCAAAGAGAUCCGCAAGCCCAACUUCUAUGGGUAAAGGGCGACCCUGGCAAAGGCAAAACGAUGCUGCUCUGUGGCGUCAUCGACGAGCUACGCAGCUCGAUGCCGACAACAACUUUGCUGUCAUUCUUCUUUUGUCAAGCGACAAUCUCCCAUCUCAACAACGCUACAGCCGUGCUUCGAGGGCUGUUGUACAUGCUCAUAUCGCAGCAACCAUCACUUUCGUCGCACGUAUUCAAGAGGUAUGAUCUCGCAGGAAUCCGACUAUUCGAGGAUCAAAAUGCCUGGGUUGCGUUGACGGAGAUCUGGGUAGACGUGCUUCGGGAUCCUGGUCUGCGCACGGGUUACUUGCUCAUCGAUGCGCUUGAUGAGUGCACUACUGAUCGGUCGAAGCUGCUUCGCUUCAUUGCUGUGCAGUCGUCUUCUUCUCCUCGUCUCAAAUGGAUUGCUUCCAGCCGCAAUUGGCCCGAGAUAGAGAGAUGCCUGGAACCAGCUGCUGACAAAGUGCUUCUCAGCCUCGAGCUUAACGCGCGGUCCGUCUCGGCAGCUGUCAAGACGUUCAUCGACAUGAAGGUGUCCCAACUGACAAAAGAGGAAACAUAUGACGACCAAACCCGGAUCGCUAUGUCAGAGUUUCUGAGCGUGAAUGCGAACGACACAUUCUUGUGGGUAGCAUUAGUAUGUCAACAUCUCAAGGGUACAGCAAAGCGGCAUGUGAUGAAGAAGCUCAAGUCUAUCCCACCUGGGCUAGAACCUUUUUACAAGCGGAUGUUGAAUGGUAUAGGCGAGUCAGAUGACGCUGAAAUCUGUCUUUGUGUGCUGGCCACUACCGCCAUUCUGUUUCGACCUAUCGUAAUUCAGGAAUUGAUUACGGUUAUUGAACCCCUAGAGGGAUUCGCUGAUGAACUGGAGACGGUGCGGGAGAUUGUCAAACUAUGUGGAUCUUUUCUCACCAUAAAGGACGAUACGGUGUACUUUGUUCACCAAUCUGCCCAAGAUUUUCUCCUCGUAGAUGCAAAGGAUAAGAUAUUCCCAUACGGCAUCGGCAUUUCCCAUCAAAGAAUCUUCCGGAGGUCACUGGCAGUUCUAUCUAGUCAGUUACACAGGGAUAUGUACAAGCUAAAGGCACCGGGUAUUUCCAUCUAUACUGCUCAACCACCAAGCCCGGACCCACUAGCAUCAUUACGUUAUUCGUGCAUAUACUGGAUCGAUCAUCUCUGCAACUCGCAGUCGACGAUCCAGCUCAGCCAUGCCGGCAGUACGCUGUUUACCGAUGAGAUUAUGCUAUUCAUGAAAGAGAGAUAUCUGUACUGGCUGGAAGGUUUGAGUUUGUGCGAGAGUACAACGAAAGGUGUACUUGCGAUGAAAGCUCUAUUUUCCCUAGCAGAGAAGACCUUAGACGCGCAAGACCUUGUCGACCUUGUGAAAGACGCACAUCGGUUUUUUGUUCACAGCAAAGACGUCAUAGAGACUUACCCACUUCAGACGUACCACUCGGCUCUUCUCUUCAGCCCAAGAGGAAGCUUGAUCAGAACAGCGUUCCAACACGAAGAAUCAAAUUGGGUCACGAUCGAGCCAGACAUAAGUGAAACAUGGGGCUCUUGUCUGCACACGUUCGAGGACAGCUGUAGCGUGGUGGCAUACUCACAAGAUCUUAAUCAGCUGGUAUUAGGGCUAGAAGACGGUAUGAUCAAGACAUGGGACGCAGACAGCAACACCUAUCUCCUGGAACUGAAGAGUUACGAGACGGACUCCCAUAUAGAGCGGGUAAGAUACUUCGAUGAAUCAUCAAAGUUGGUUGCCGUUCUGGGCGUUCACGAGAUGAUUGAGGUUUGGGAAGUCGCUACCGGCACUUGCUUAUCCACCCAGGAGUAUGACCAGGGACCGUUGCACCGAAUAGUUCCAUUUUGCAACGAUACGGAGCUUCGCGUAUUUGCAAAAGCUACCGUGGGAGACUCGGCCAGGAUCUUCGAUACGGCUGAGGCCAGAGAGUUAUCAAUUCUCAUGAGCCCUCAUCGCGACGGCAGAUCCAAGUUGAAUUCUACAUUCUCUCCUUCGGGAAGAUUCUUAUUUGUCAACUUCGAGACAAAUCUUAAGAUAUGGGAUGCAACCAGCAAAAGACACAUUCAGUCAUUUGAGUUACCACCGCGUAACGAAGACUCCGAUUCGACUUUUGUGGCAUCCGCUUGGGUUUCCGAUUCGGCCUUACUGGCAGUGGGAUUGUCUGAUGGCACGGUAAUCGUUUUCAGCAUCGACAGUGGCGACGUACUACAUAUACUUCAAUCUGGAGAUCCACCCGGCUGGGAUCGGGAAAAGACGGUGGCCAUAUCCUACGAUUCGAAGAGAGUAGCAACACCAUCAGGCCUAUCAAAUAUCAGAAUCUGGGAUCUCAGCGACACCUCAAACCCGCAUACAUUAGUCGACAACAGUGACGAUGAAAUCAUUUUCGUAGCCUUCUUAUCCGAUUCCCGAAGAAUCGUUUCCAUGUCUUUCGGAGGUACAACAAAGAUUUGGGACAUCUUUGGCGAAGAUGUCUCUCAGAGGCUUGAUGACCAUCAAGACUGGAUUAACUCAUUGACUUGGUCCAAUGACUCAAAUUAUUUGGCGUCCGGAGCGUUCGACUCGACUGUCAAGAUUUGGGACCUUCACGGCAGAUGUUUGCAAACACUUCAUGGACACAGCGAGAGUGUCAUUAGGGUGGACUGCUUCCAUCACCCAGCACGCGUUGGAUCAUUAUCGCGGGACAAUACCUACAGAAUAUGGGACGUGGUUAGUGGCCAGUGUCUCCAUGUAUAUGAGUGGGGAGGGUCUGGUACGGUAAUCGCUCUGUCACCUGAUCUAAGGAUACUGGCCCGCACAAAAGGCACCAGGACAACAGGCAAAUGGCCAAUCCAGCUUUGGGACGUUAUUCAUGACAUUAGCCUUCCAGCUUUGUGCGAUGACAGUGCUGCACAUAUCCGUUCACUCGCGUUCUCCAGCGACUCAACACAACUAGCCGUGCUCGUGGAUGACAAGAUCGUCAGGAUUCUCGACACGAGAAGCGGUGACUGUGUCCAAACAUUGGUUGAGACAGAUGAGACAGAUGAGGAGCUACGGUACUCACUGCCUUUUGGUCAUUACUCUGUCACCUUCUCUAAGGAUGCGAUACGGCUAGUGUCUGCGUGGGGUAAUGGCACUAUCCGAGUCUGGGACAUAAGUAGCGGCAGGUGUCUACAUACUAUCAAAACUGCCGUACUAUCCAGAGAUGUGUCAUUCGAUCAGAGUGGGCGGUUCCUUCUGACUGACUAUGGCCGUAUCGCGAUACCUGAAUCUUCGGACUUGGAAGGAAAUUCGGCUGGCUCAAUUACUCAUUCCCCAGCAUUCAAUGGUGUAGGGCUGAACCUAGAUAGGGAAUGGAUUACUUACAACUCGAUUGACGUUCUGUGGUUACCACCAGAGUACCGGACGGGAUUCUCGGUUUUUUCCGAAAACUCAGUCGGUAUGGCAAACGUCAAGAGGGUAUGGAUUUUCACAAUAUCUCCAGAGUACCUCGAAUAG